AUGAUCCACUCGCUGUACAUCAUCAGCAAGGCCGGAGGGCUGAUCUACCAAAAAGAUUUUAGCGACGGCCUCGCCACCAUCACCCCCAACGAAUAUCUGGUCCUGGCAGGCACUUUUCAUGGCGUCCACGCAAUCACCUCAAGAUUGUCGCCCGUCAAUUCAGAGGGGUCUGGAAUCGAGGUUCUGGAGGCCGAUUCAUUUCGAUUUCACUGCUUCCAGACACUAACGGGGACCAAGUUCCUGGUCGCCACCGAUCUGAUCCAGGCCAACGUCGACGUCGUGAUGCGGCGCAUCUACGACUGCUACUCGAGCUAUGCCAUGAAGAACCCGUUCUACAACCCCGACAUGCCCAUUCGUGCCGAGCUGUUCGACUCCAAUAUCCAAAAGAUCAUCAAGUCGUCCGUUUAG